GAAUGUCAGGUUAAUCUGAUUACCUUAAUCAAACAAAAUAUUUAUUGUCAUUAAAAAAUGUAAUAUGUAAGUAAAUAGAAAUAUUAGGUAAAUAAUAUGGAAUGGCUAAAUUCACUUUUGUCAUCGAAGAAUGCAAAAUCUGUGAUUAAUUCAGAGGACGAGUGUGAUCCACAAGCUUGUUAUGAUAGCUUUAAGGAACAUUGGCAUCAAGUCUACAAAAUAUUUAACAGAGUUCAGCAAUUACCUACUCACGAUGAUGUCCUGGGUGUUGUUAACCACUUGGAACAGAUGGCUACUCUAUUAUUGUAUGAUAUGAAACGAAAUGAUAAAGUAUAUAUUUGUCAAUCAUCUUCUAGAUGUCUGGAACAUCUACUUUCUGAAAAUAUCUUAGAUAAAUUGUUUGAAUGGAGCACAAAAUCAGGAAGAUAUAUUAAUGCUAUAAGAUGUGAACAGUUAAAACUCUAUCAAAUGCUGAUAACUCAAUCAAGGCAUGUUUUAUUGUUACACGAAUCAUUUUUGCAUCCUUUGAUCAAACUUUUAUGUUCAUGUGAAGAAGAAGUGUUCUCACCAGAAGUUGAGAGGCUCUUAGUAGAUUUAAUAAACCAGUUGAGCACUCUCCUAAUGCAGCAUGUUGAAUUUAUAGAUUUAUUUUUUCAGGAAGUGAAGAAAGUUCAAAGCUUCAUAAUAUUUUCUUUAUUAAUACCAUUUGUACAUAGAGAAAACUCAACAGGAAUGAAAGCACGCGAUGCCCUUUUGCUUUGUAUGUCACUGUCAAAAAAGAAUAAGAAAGUAGUUACGUAUAUUGCAGAAAAUUCUAAUUUUUCACUUUUACUGGCGUCUGGUUUGAGUGGACUGUAUUCUGUGUUACCAAAUAUUUUAGAUGAUAUUUUAGUACCUGACUGGCAUAGAUUUACCCCUGACGAUGUUAACGAAAUAAAAGGACUUUUAACAUUUGUGACAUCUUUGGAAUUCAGCAAUGCCGUAGCACAAGUAGCCCAUCCAUUAUUAAGGAAACAACUUCAGGAGUUCUUGUAUAGAGGAUUUUUGAUACCAGUAUUAGGGCCAGCAUUGUUACAAAAUAACGUUUGUGAGCAAGUAGCCGCUACAGCUUAUUUAGAAUUGAUUUUGCGAACCAUUACAGAUACCGGAUUACUCCAUUCAUUUCUUCAGUUUUUAUUAAAUGUUGAUUUUGAUGGUCAUAAAUUAUUAGAUAUAUUAAUACAACGACUGAAAUCUGAAAAUAGUCAGUUAUGCCUAGUCUCUCUAGCCAUGUUUGAAUCAAUGGUCGAUUUAAACUGCGAAGAUCUAAUGUUGGAAUUAGUUUUUAAACAUUUAAAACCUUGCUUGCAUCUGAUGCUGUCCCAAAGAAAGAUGCUGUUACCCUUAGACCCCUAUUGUCAGAGUUUUGAAAAACUUCUGACUCUAGCUCCGAGAAGUUGCCAGUUUGUAGAAUUUUCCAAAGAUGUUUAUGAUAAUAACCACUGGUAUGCAGUAAAAAACAAACAAAGUCUGUAUGGUAAAUAUUUUCCAUAUUUAUGUGAUGCUAGGAAUAGGAUAACGCAUUGCCAGAUGUCAUGUAUAGUGUGGAACAAUCUUUAUACAGGCGAAGAUGAAAAUUAUGAUAAUUCGCUUGGUUCGUCAGUAGACCGAAGUUUAAGUUUCAUAUCCGACGAAUAUAAAAACGAAGAAUACUGGAAAAGACCAAUAAAUAAUAACAAAAGAGAGAUAACAGAAACUCCGACAAUUACAGAUAUUGACCAGUCAGGGGCAUCUGCAGGACCAUUUCUUACCAUCCUCAUGGACAAAUUAAAAAACUUUGUAUCGAACUCGUUUUACAUUAAUCUUCAUUUGACUGGUUUAAUAUCUAGACUUGCCGCUUACCCUCAGCCACUACUUAGAGCAUAUUUAUUAGACUGUAGUUUAGUUCUACAACCCAACGUGCCAUCUGUGUUUGAAAUUAUUGGAAUACUGAAACAACAAGUAGAUGACUAUCUUUGUCAACAACCCAAUUGUGUACAGUUAAUCAAAUUUGCGAGAAACGUCCUUAUAGACCGUGAAAUAAUGUUAGUGAAUCAAAGAAAGCACAAUAUAGAACAACAAAAUUUUCAAAAUUUAGAAAUAGAACCUUUUCAAAGAAAUAGCCCAAAAAGAAGGAGUCUCGGUAUUUCACCUAUUAGCAGUUUUUUUGGAAGACGUCCAAGUCAAGUUGACGGAAAUAGUCAAGUAAUUUUAACUCCAGAAGAAGUUCAGUUUAAUAAAGUGUAUCAAAAAUUUAACAAAGACCAACAUGUAGCACUGUGUGCAGUACUGCUUGAUGAAUGGGUGAAGGAAUUGUCUGCUCUUGCUCAAGAACACACUGUGGCACAUUUUGCAAAUCUUUUGAAGUAACUGUAAUUACCUUUAUUUAGAAUUUCUUAGAAUUCCGUCAAUAAGUGUAUCUAUCAUAUCCAUAUAACAGUAAACAUUUUAAAAAUUACACAGCCCAACAAAAACAUUUUAGUUGAAAACUUUUUUUAAACUUUAAUAGCUGAUUUUUAUCGAUUUUUAUGUUAUAUGCUGAAAACAGACCUGGUGUUUUUUUGUGUUAUCCAUAGUUUUUGAGCAACCUGUAUUUUGUUAAAUCACAAUCAUGGUUUUUAUUUAAAGUAGGUACAUUAUUAUCAUUGGUUCUACAACCCAUGGUGGGUCUUGUCCUGUCCUAGAAUCAGCUUCCAUUCCUUUAUGGUGGUUGGGGUAGAUACCUCCUAUGAUGGGGUUGAUUAAGUUGAACACUAAUUACCAGACAUAUAUUUAUUUGCCAACACUAGAUAUACCAGUAACGAGUUGGUGGACGAAACUCUAUAUUCUAACUACAUUGAUGGUUAAAUAAUGAAUGAUCUCCCGUUUACUUUCUCUGCAUCUAUAAAUAAAUCGUAAUUGUUUUGUUAUGAUUUCACACCUGACUGUGACCUUGAAAUAUUAAUACAUAAUACCAAAUUGCUGACUCCUUUGUUUUUCAAAGCGAGUGGUCUACAUUGCAGAAUCAAUGUUACCUAUUUAUUUUACUAUAAACAAUAAUGUUUGUGUAAGAUCUUUAAAAAUUAAAUCGAUAUAGAUUAAUCUUAUUUCUUUUGAUGCUAAUAUAAAUCCUGUACACCUUCCUAUCCUUCGCCUUGGUUUUCCAAUUUCGUCUUCAUUCUGAAAUCGUGCUCUGGGCUUGUCUCUUCUUCUCACUCCAUCCGAUCUUUGGUUAUAAAUGUGUUUCGACGUCUCCAUCUCAUUCAUUCUCUCGAAGUGGCCUAGCCACCGCAGUCUGUUUAUUUUGAUGGACCUAGCAAUACUAGGCUUGCUAUAAAAGCGGUAAAACUCAAAAUUAUAGCAUCUACGCCAUAAUCCGUUUUCCUGCACGCUUUUAUAAAUAUGAGGAUUGUACGUUCAAAACAGGCAAACGUUCUUCAUCACUUUUUGUCGUCAUCCACCUUUCUGACGCGUAAGCUAGUACGGGCUUGAUUACAGUUCAGUAUAUUAAUAUUUUUGUUCUUUUAAGUGUCUUUAAUCCAUAGUACGCUCUAUGUGCUACAUAUAUACUGUUGUAUAUUCGUGUGUAUUUUCUCUCUGUUAUGAGAUUGAUCAGAUUUUAAUUACUACUUAUGGAAACAAAACCAAAAUUAAAUAAAACUUUCCAAUAAAAUUUAUUCUCAGGGCUAAUUUAUUUUAAUGCAUUACCUUUAGUUUGUGGCUUCUAGUAUUUCUCGUUUCUUACUUUAUCCAGGAUAAAACAGGGAAAAUAAAUAUACUCAAUAUCAUAUAAAUUCUAUAAAUAUUAUUUAUUUAUCCAAUAUACCAUAAACAUAAGAUUUAAAUGUAUGCUAGAACUCAAUUUUGUUGUCACUAUUUCUUAUCUAAUAAAUUAAUCUUUAAUUCUGCUAUCUCCUUUUUUAACAAAAUUUUCAUUUAAAUAAUUCGGUAGAAUAUUCUUACUAUUAUAUAUAAAAAAACAAAAUUUAAUUUUCACCUUUUGAAUAGAUUACUUAUUUCUUCUUUGAAUUUAUGAAUGACUAAAUUAUGCUGUAGAACUGUUCAAUAAAAAAAAUAAACAAAUAUGGUAUGUGAUAUAAAACAACUCUCUCCGUUUCACAAAUAAUCUGACUAACCCUUUUUUCUCUUCUUUACUUCUUCUCAUGGAUUGUGUAGUCCUCGAUUCUCCCACACGUGCUCCUCGGAUGCUGCGAACGGUCCUUCUCGCCCAAACUGCUUCACAAGCAAACAACAGCACUCGCUCGAAAUCUUUCCUCAAUUUUCUCUCUGCUCGAUAACUUGUGCACAUUGAUACAAAACGGCUACUCGUUUCAGACAGAAACAGGAAUCUCUCCGGACACGAGGAGAUUGAACUUCUCAACUCGAUCAACGAUUUCGUUUCAACACGAUUCUGCUUAUACCACCGGUCACCAACUUCACCACUUUACACAACUUUACUACUUUUCAAAAAAACUGAACUGUUCUCUUCAGAUGUUCAUUACACAGUGAAACUUUCUUCCUCGUCAAACUCAGACUCAAACACUCUAUUCUCCCUCCAUCCGUCUCUCUCGCCAAUCACAAAAUAUCCUCUACACACAUUACAUCCCAUUGUUUCUGCAGUUACUGUAUUACUUUCAUUUAUUAAGAACAAAUUAUUUUUGUAUACAACUUUUCCGUUUUGUCAAAUUCCAGGAGAUACCAAAAGUACUUUUGUGUUUCUACAUGCUAUAAAACCCGAUAUUCUAAAACUCAACAAUUGUGUUUACCGUCUAUCCUUCUAAGAAGCAUUUAUAAACGUCCUAUUGUUCACUUCAAAGCGAAUACAUGUUCUUUCUAAUCCGACCGUAUUAAUUGUAUAAGUCCGUUCAUAGAAUCAUUAAUACUGAACGUUUACUCUUUCCGCGAACCAGUGCUUAUUACUAAAUUAUACUAUUUACAAUUUUUGGUCAUAUACAGGGCGAUGAAAAUCUAUGAUCUCGUGGUCUUUGACAUAAAUUAAUUUUCUAAAUUUUUCCCAUAAAAAUUAUAUAACAAUAGGUAUGUUUACUGUAUUACUUUGGUUGAUUUAUGAGCCUAGAUAUUUAAAUUCUCUUACUCCUUCGAAAGGAUAUUUAUGUUCCAACAGUUAGAUCUUCGGGUUUUGCUGCGUGAUUAUUGUUUGAUACCUCAUAUACAUGGUUGUAUUAGUAAUAACGUGUAGUCCCAUUAUUUUUGCUGCUGCUUCCAAUGCUGUGAACGAUUGGACCAGGUCAGCUUUUCUUCUUGCUGUGAUAUCAAUGUCGUCUAUUAGUAUUUGUACACUUCUAUUAAUAAUAGUUCCUCAUGUUGUUAUUCCAAAUUCUUUAAUACCCUUCUUUAGGACAAUAGAAGGCAGGAUAGGCUAUGCUAUAUGAAUAGAAAUGAUCUACUACUAGUUAUAUUAUGUAGCUAUGGCCCUGAAAGAAGGACCAAUGAUAAUAAAUUAUACUGAAAGGGACGAACAGUAAUGGGAUAUGUGUGUAAGAAACAUAUAAGUACCUAAAAUGCACUGACAAAAAAUUCAAAUGAGAAUAAAUAUCCUCAAAUAUAAAUUGUACACAGACACAAUACAUGUGCAGAUACAUAUACAUAUCAUAUCUGGCAAUAAUUAUUAAAAGAAAGCUAUAAAUACCCUAUAAUUACCGUGUUUAUAUCUGCGACUAAUAAUUUUUUGAUCCCAUAUAUUUUUUCAUUUAUAGACUAAAUUCUAAGAAUUCUAUUAUGAGAAAUGUAAGUUAUUUGAUAUAUUUUUAUAUAUACAGGGUGUCCCCGAAAAUAGUGCGUUCCUUUAAGGUAUGGAUAUAAUACACAAUUUAGAACAAAAAAGUCCUAUAACAUUUUUUUCUAAAGUUAACUGUUUCCAAGAAAAAAAUUACAUUCUUCUCCAUAUAAGUGAAUUUUUAUUUUCAUAAAUUUGAAUGACAUGGCAACGUAGCCUAGAAGAACUUGCUGUGACUGUGAAAAUUUAACCUAAUAACCCCUUGUUUAUUUUGAGGUGUGAUUUUUGGGGUUGUUGACAUCGUAGGUACCUACCUGCAAAAUAAUGGAUAUGGGUUUGGUUGAUAUUUACAUUACUUUACCUAUCUAUGAGAUGCAACUGAUCUACAGACCUACUUUUUCAAUCUUUAGAUUUUUGAGUUGCGCGUUGUUGCCAGACUUCAAUUUGCAUAUCAAAAUGUAUUUUCGUUUUUUAUGUUAUAAGACUUUUUUGUUCUACAUUGUGCCUUCUACCUAUACCUUUAAGGAGCGCACUAUUUUCGGGGACACCCGUAUAUACUUUAAAAGACAGGAUAAGAGCAACUCUGUUAAAAUCUAGCUUUCGCAAAAUUUAUUUGCUUCUUCAGGACAUGCUACAAUAUUUUCAAGACAAGUUUAAAAUUAUUUUUACAAUUAAUACAAUUAAAUUAUGAAAAAAACAAUGUUUUCCAUCUCUUCUGAUCUUUACAAACAUUUAUUAACUAUAAUGGACAUUUACAGUUCGCACAUGCAGAAGAGAUGGAAAACAGCAACCCCUACCUUGAAAUGUGAUUUAAGCGAAAUGCGCAAAAUGUAUUAAGGACUGAAUGGUACUGAAAACCUAUAUUUAUUGGAAGAUUUAUUACCUACCAUUCACAGCAACCACCUCAUAUGGUGGAUGCAUUUUAUAAAAUACCUUGUGAAAAUUAUGAUGUCAUAAUAUAUCGGGCACACAUCUAGAAAUUAACAGGCUGGCAUAAUAAAAAAUACAUGUGCAUUAGUCAAACAAGCAAUUAGUAAAAAUUAUUCAUUUAAUUUCAAUGAGACCAGGGUACUGAGAUUGGCCUAGACGGGAUACCACCUGAGGCAAUUAACCGUCUGGGCCUAGGGGAGCCGACUUCUGAGCGUGGCUUCUGCAAGAAAGGUCUUUUCUGAGGAAAAAUAUCAGCCUAUUUGCCUCCUCUCGCGUAUUUGUAAAUUGAGAGAAUGUUGCGUGAGAGGCUCAAUGAAGCGAUUGAGAGGUCUGGAGGCUUAUCCCCCAGACAGUAUGGAAUCCAAAAAAAUGUUAGGAGUAUGGAUUCCACAAAAAUGUUAGCAGUAUGGAUUCCACAAAAUGUUAGCAGUAUGGAUUCCACAAAAAUGUUAGGAGUAUGGAUUCCACAAAAAUGUUAGCAGUAUCGAUUUCACAAAAAUGUUAGCAGUGUGGAUUCCACAAAAUUUUAGCAGUAUGGAUUCCACAAAAAUGUUAGGAGUAUGGAUUCCACAAAAAUGUUAGCAGUAUGGAUUUCACAAAAAUGUUAGCAGUAUGGAUUCCACAAAAUGUUAGCAGUAUGGAUUCCAAAAAAAUGUUAGCAGUAUGGAUUUCACAAAAAUGUUAGCAGUAUGGAUUCCACAAAAUGUUAGCAGUAUGGAUUCCACAAAAUGUUAGCAGUAUGGAUUCCACAAAAUGUUAGCAGUAUGGAUUCCACAAAAAUGUCAGUAUGGAUUCUACAAAUUGAUGGAUUGUAUGAAAUGAAUUGUGGUUGAGAGUGGAGUGAUUGUGGAUGUCACGGCUGGGGUAACACAGGGGUCCGACCUUGGCCCGACACUGCAUGACGAUUGAACCUGGCAUAUGACGGGAUUUUGCGCCUCGAAUACGGUGAGAGGAUCACUCCUUUCGCAUUCGCAGAACAUAUUUCGUUGAUGGUAGUCGUACGGGGCACGGGAAGAAUUUCUGGACCUUGCGAAAGAUUCGAUGUCUCAGCGCGGUCUGAAACUCGGUGAGAAAAAGAUCGAGGCCGUGAUCCUCAAGGGACCACGGAAACGCGGGAGCGUGAUUUCGAGUGUGGUGAAGCUCCCUCUUUACGCGGCAGCAGUCGAGUGGGUCCGUUGAAAUAGCCUCAGGAGCGAGCCACAUCCAUACGGAUGUGGGUGGCAACCUGAAUGAGAGGCAACUGUGGAUGUGGCACAGUGGACAAAGUGACUCAUACCGGACCUGAAGACGUGGCUCGAAUAUGGGCACCGGCUUUUGGACUAUUUCUUGUCGCAGGUGCUCACUUGUCACGGUUGUUUCCGAUCGUACAUCUUCAGGUUCAAUAAAGCGGCUACAGAAAACUGCCCUUACUGUGGUUUGUUCGACACUGUUGGAAUGUGCAAGAUGCAUUGUGAAUAGAUUAGAACAGGAGAGAUAUGAUUUUGAAGAUGAAGGUACGUGGGCAAGGACCCAUGAGUUGGUGAGACAGAUGCUUCAGACGUGGCUGGUGAGCAUACUGACCACCAGGGAGCAUCUUCUACGGUCUAGAAGAAGAAGUUGGGCUGUAAGACUUUUGGAUAGCUCCACUUGUGGAGCUUAUCACAGGUUCGGGUCCCACAGGCAGAGUGGAUGUGCCCUGUCUUAUCAGGGCGUUAGACAGUUCGUUCCCCUCCACACAGGUUCUCCCCUACAGUUAUGAGAUUAAUGUUGGAAUACAUCUAUAAGGGGGAUGUUCUGAAAUCUGAUCUGAAACUCUGAUAUAACUUGAUUGUAGCUAAAUUGUGACUUUGUUCCCAAAUAAAAGAGUAAAUUAAAUAACUUGAAAUAUAAACACAGACGAGUUUGUUUCUGACAUUGAUUGAAAUUUAAGUAAUUACUUUUUCGUGUACUUUCUCAACUUGUGUACUUAUGAAUUAACAUCACGUUAUAAAUUAUUAUUACUAUUAUUAUUACUCGUUAUACACAGUAUUUUUUCAUUUUAAUUUUAUUGUAUUUACUGUAAAAAUAAUUUUAAGUAUGUCCUGAAAAAGCAGAGGUUGCGAAAGCUAGAUAUUAACGAAGAGUUUCUGUUAUCCUGUCCUAUAAACUAAACUAGACCUCAAAGUAAAACUUUUGUUUAUAUAUACAGGGUGUUUCAUUAAGAAUUGUUCAUAUCGUAACUGUCGCCUUAGCACAAAAUACGAAGAUUUAACCCAAAACACUUAAAAAAUAUUCUUUCUUACCGAGAUACAGAGUGUUUUAUUACAAAUAUUCCAAAAGGAUUUUAACCCAUUGUUUUACACCUUCCAAUAUUGUUUGUUCAAACUUGACAAACGGUUUACACAUGUUAGGAUACUCUAAUUAGUGUUAAAAGAUAGUUUUCUGCUGUUAUCAGAGGCGUGCUGUAGGGGUAUAUACUUCAUUUUCGCCCCUUUUCCCCCUCACAAUCUACGCCACUGUCAUAAUAAUCAUUUCAGCAUGUUUUUUUGAUUCCUUGUUACUUUUUACAUAAAUAUCAUCCUUUUGUCUCAUUGCGGUAGAGUAAUUACUUUUCAAGUUAUUUGCCUUUAAAUAUAAUGGAUUCCAUAAUACAAUGUACUUUAAACUACAUUCAAUAAGAUUAUGUGUUUAAAAUACAUAAUCUUAUUGAAUCCAUUACAUUAAAACGCAAAUAACUUGCAAAUGACUUACUCUAUCGCAUUGAGACAAAAGGAUGCUAUUUUCGUAAAAAGUAACAAAGAAUAAAAAAAUGCUGAAAUGAUUAUUACGACAGUGGCGUAGAUGUUAAGGGAGAAAAGGGGCGAAAAUGAAGUAUAUAUCCCUACAGCACGCCUCUGGUAACAGCGGAAAACUAUCUUUUAAAUCUAGUUAAAGUAUUCUAACAUGUGUAAACUGUGUGGCGUUUGAACAAAAAAUAUUAAAAGGUGCUUUAACAAUGAGCUAAAAUAAUUUUAGAACAUUUGUAAUAAAACGCUCUGUAUCUCGGUAAAGAAGAAUAUUUUAUUUAUAUGUUUCUGGUUAAAUCUACGUAUUUUGUGCUAAGGUUUCUCCAAUUACAAUAUGGACAAUUCUUAAUGAAAUACCCUGUAUAUAUACAAUGUAUAUAAUAUUGUACAUAUGGUUAUUGUAUGAAUAAAAUUUAGUUUUGUUUGAAUUUGUAAUUAAACUAACUUUAUUAAACGAAUUUUGUUCUUUCAA